CCGACAUUUACACCAAUUUCGACACCGAUUUCAACUGAGAUGGAUUCCGAGUGUAAUGUAUACAGAGCGUAAAUACACACUUAUCCGAGCGGCGCGCGCGCGUCGCGUCGAGCGAGGAGGAGCAGGUCGGCGGCACUGAGCGUAGCGCAGCGGAGGCGAGCACAGCGGAGAGGAGCGGAGCGGCACCGCGACCACACCGGCCAGCCGUAGGCCAGCGCGGCACGCGCACGCAGCCAGCGCGACGGACGCGACAGGACGACCCCGCCGGCAGCCGCGGCCCGCGACGAGGCGAGGCGACACGAGCACCGGGACGGCCGAGCCGCGCAGCUUCGCGCCCGCGCCCGGCCGCGACCAGCCGCGGGACACUCGGCGACCAGCCGCGGCGCCGCGCGCACCGACCGAGUGAGGACGAGUGGUGUCAGUGAUCAGUGACGUGCGACAAGUGGACUCUGUGUUAGUGUUGUGCCCUGCCCCGCCUCCCCGCAUGCAGUGACCGCGGAGCAUGUCCGCCAAGACGGUGGCCGCGCAAGUGGCCGUGUCCAUGCGCGAGAUGCGACCCUCGUCACCUUCGACGCUGUCCCCCGAGGCCGUCAACGGCAUGUCGACGGCAUCCCCCGCCACGUCGCCGUCCGCGCUCAGCAGCGGGUCAUCCCCGCCGUCCAAGAGGUCGUUCUGCAUCGAGGCCCUGCUGGCCACCAACGAGGCCGUCGCGGGUGCAACCCGACCCGGGCGACUCGACGGCGACGACGAAGCCUCGGACCUGCGGCAGCGCCGGCGCUUCUCGGACACGCUUUACGGCCGUUUCGCCCCCUACCCGCACAACAACAAUAACAAUAACCACCCCAAGAGCUCGUCGUCGCCGGCCUCGGAUCUCUCCCUGCCGCGGCCCACCUCGGUGGAGUCGCCCACGGCCUCACCGCCGGCCUCGCCACCCACGUGCUCGCCCGUGUCGCGCAGCGGCGGCGCACCCUCCGAGCCGAGGUCGCCGAGGUCGGACCGGUCCGAGGACAGCAUGAGCCCGCCCAUCUCCCCCGGCUCCGAGGACGUGCCGGACGGGUACGCCGGCCGGCGCAGCCCGCACAGCCCCCGCCGGGACAGCCUGUUCGCCAGCCCCAACGGCUUCCUCGCGCUCAACCGCAACCUGGGGCUGCCACCGCUGGCGCGCGGGGUGGGCCCCGGGUCCAUGUUCCCCGGCGGCCACCCGCUGGCGGGGCCCCCGGGCCCUGCGGGCCCCGCGCACCCCCUGGCGGGCCACCAUGCCUUGUACUACGCGGCCGGCCCCGUAGGCCCCGUGGGCCCCGGACCGGGCCACGGCGCCGGCCCGCAGGGCCACCACCCUGGACUCGCACCCGGCGGCUCGGCCUUCCACCCGGCGGGCAAGGGCCCGCUGCCGCAGCACCAGAUGAACCUGCAGCACAUGCAGCUGGAGUGGCUGUCCAGGACCGGCAUGUUCUACCCGCGACUGCCCGACCUCACCGGAUGCGGUGGCCAGCACGCCCUGCUCGGCAAGACGCGGCGGCCGCGGACUGCCUUCACGUCGCAGCAGCUCCUGGAGCUGGAGAAGCAGUUCCGCCAGAACAAGUACCUGAGCCGGCCCAAGCGCUUCGAGGUGGCCACCAGCCUCAUGCUCACCGAGACACAGGUGAAGAUAUGGUUCCAGAAUCGGCGCAUGAAGUGGAAGCGCAGCAAGAAGGCGCAGCAGGAGGCCAAAAGUCGGGACGAGGGUCGCGACGAGAAGCGGUCCAAGUCGAGCGGCGCUGGUGGCAGCAGCAGCAGCGCGGCCAGCAGCGCGAGCGAGGCGGCCGCGCCCGCGGCCCCACGCGACAAGCAGGCCGCGAGGCAGCCCGGCUCCACGGCCGCCCCCUGCCCCGCUCCGUCCGGCCAGGAUGGCGUCGGCGUGCCCGAGGACGGGCGGCGGGACAGCGGUGCGGACCGCGUGAGCCUGGCCGUCAGCCUGGCCGGCGACGACCCCCACGGCCACGGCCCUCCCCCCACCGUCCACGUCAUGGGCCCCAUGUCUGCAAUGUCGGCCGAGGUGGACAUGGACUCGCCGGGGUCCGGGCACCGCGCAUCCCCAGAGCGGCCCGCGCCCGCCUCGCCACCCAUCGGCUUCCCGAGAGCCCCACGCCGCUACCCGACGUCCCACACCUUCCACGACGAGCCCCUGUACCGCCCCUACGUGGUAUGAGGACCGAGGGAAGUCCCUGUGCUGAACAGCUUCUGCUAAACAUUUUACCACAUUUGUGUUGGAGGGAAACGGAUGGAGGGCAGGACAAGUGUGCACGAAUGAUGGGUGUAGUAGCUCUACGGUGCAGAAAUUUGUUUUGUUGUACGAUGAGUUUUAUUAUGGUCCGUGUGUAUUUGACUAGGACAGUUAAGUUUGAUGAGAUGUUAAAAUUGUUUUUAUUUAUAAUUCAAGUUAAUUUAAUGUGUGAGGGUUUAGUCUGAGGACCCCUUCGGGCACAAUAAUACAGCUCAAAGCCAAAGAAAAUAUGUUGCUGUUGGAUUUUGUGACUAGCUUAAGAAUCAAUGGUUUUUGUUUGCAUUGUGUCGUUACAUUUCUUAUAUUUUCCUUUUCUAGUCACAUUGUGAAACUUCUUACUUUAUUUGCAUUGAAUAAGUAGAUGUGCUCUGCUAGGAAACUCCUGAAUACUUUUCCUCAUGUUGGACUUAUAAAACCAUGUUCUAUAGGACUCAAGAAAAAGAUAAUGGGUAAUGUAUGUAUAAAAAAUGAAAAAUAGGUCUAAAGAAUAAAACAAAAUUUUUCAAAUGA